CUAUACAGAUGUUUGUAAGUUUAACGAAAAUGAAAAAUGUUGGACUGCGUCGCAGAAUGGAAGGAACAGCAAAAAGUUAGCGACAUCGCUAAUUAGCAUUAUACUCUUGAUUCGUGGGGAGACCGCCAAAGUUUACUAGACACAAUAUUUUUUGUUGAAACAAGCUGCAUUUGGUAAAAUUUUGUAACUCUCAAUGGCUAUGUCCAUGAAACAAGUCGGCGCACGGCAUAUGAGCAGUGCAGUGGAAAUAAUGGAAUGGAGCAACAAGAUGGAUUUGAUCGCAUAUGGAACGGAGAAAGGAGAAGUGGUUGUGCAAAGAUUAAAUUGGCAAAAAAUUGUAACGUUCCCACCGCCUGCAGACGAUGUGAAAGUACGCGGCUUAAGCUGGCAGCACGAUGAGACCAUUGUGGCAGUUGGAUAUAGCAAUGGACAGGUGUCUCUAUUAGAUGUGGAACGAGAAGAAUCAGUUUCAAAUUUUCAUUGCAACGAAGACAUUAAAAACGUGUACUUUAGCAAAUCCGUUAAAGUAUCAGACUACCGACAAAUCUAUCGGAACAGCGCGGAGAUUACGCAUGAUUUCUUUCUUCCCGAUCUGCCUCAGCUAAGUAGCUUGGGGGUGUCUUCAAAAACACAAGAACACAAAUCAUUUGCUAAAGGCACACCUUGUUUUUUGGUGGUGAUACUUAAAAGUGGAAAAGUUCUUUUAUUCCUUUUGGGUGCUUUAAAGGCCGGCAGCAUCGACAUGUCACAGCACGUAUCGUUUCCCGAUGAGCUAGAGGUGUACGAUGUACGUAUAAGCGGAGAUUUCGAUGCUAUGUAUGCUUUAUUACGCGAUGGCAUGCAGCUGAAGAUAUUACACUUCAAAAACGCGGUUCUAAAAGAAUAUAUCUCGCCCAUGAUGCAAAUGGCCCAACACUGUGCAAAUAUUUUGGAAACAAAAAACUACAUAAAUAACACGCUACAAUGUAUGUUGGAAGCAUGGGAGACUGUUUUGCUGGAAAUGGAUAACAAACUUACAAACUAUGCCAACAAACGCACAGAGGGUUCUUUAUCUGCUGAUUUUCUUGAGCUGCUUGUAUUCGGAUAUGCUACCCAUGAAAUAGAAGAAUUUUUGAUGCAAGAUCUUACCGAAAAGGGCGUAAAAAAACUCCAAAAUUCUGUUGAUUUAAGCUAUUCAACAAUACAGAGUUUGGUUUCCAAACCUCUUCAAAUGGCUGGAGUGAAUAUGUUUUAUUUUUUGAAUACCAUUAAGGGAUUGUCGCGAAUCUCUCAGUACUUUGAUCCCCUUGUAGUUUCCUCUGCAGCAGACAUUGCUAUUCGCCAGUGUGGUGCUUUUCUCAUGAAGAUCUUAGAAGUGCAACAAGUGAUUGAUCAAUCCGUAAAUGAUAUGAAAUUAUUUUUCUGUUGGCUUUGUGUGGUUAUUGUGCGUUUACAUCAGCAAGACAUAACCGAAGAUAUGACCCAGUUGUCCAUGGAGGAUACCAUCUAUUUGGCAGAGUAUUUAAACAGUUUUGAAGACAGUGUGGUGGAAAACGAUGAUGGCUCUGUAACAAUACGAAAGUUCAACUUGGAGAAGGUCGGACAAUAUCUAGAGGAUAAGCCGCUACAACAAAUUCCGAAAACAGACAUGCAUCAUUUGUGGAAAAAGUUGUUGGAUGAAAAUGAGUGCUUAAGGAAUUCGGCAUUGCUAUAUCCUCAUGAAAAGAAUUUGUCAUUAACCCAACAGCGGGACAAAUUGUUUGAUGCCAUUGACAUUGUAUUCCAAAAAACGAAUGAGAGUAUAACAUCUGGAUUUGAGCUUGAUGCAAGUUUUCUUUGCAGUACUUUCAAUGAUAGUACCGAUACUAGCUACGAAUUUAUAAAAACAUCAUAUUUGGUAUGCGACAACAAGAAGAUUGAUUUAAUGGCAGUAACUGUUGGCUGGAAUGACUGUUUAAUACUAGCAUUCGAUAGCAAAUUUACUCAGAUGCAAACUUUCCGUUUACAAACUCUACCCGGGCUUUUUACCAAAGAAUUGAGUAAUGGAUUGGAGUGCUUGAAAUUUGUCGACCUAAAGUUUUACAAUGAUGAUGUGAUUUCUUUAUUGCUGGCAAACGAGGGAAAUGAUAAAAUGCAGAGUUUUUUUGUACAGUUUCCGCUGGACCAAACGAAGAGUAAAACAUUUUUACAAACAAUGCCGCAGAAUAUUAACAUUGGAGAUAUAUCAACUCAUAGUAUCUUCGAUAUCAUAGACAGUAGCUGUUUUAAAGGAAUGGAUAGUACGUGCACACUCCUUUCGGUUUCCGGAUGUAGAAAGGUUGCAUCAAUUCUUUCAGAUAAACGAAAAAAGAUGAUAAUUUUCGAAAUGGAGAUUGAGGAUGAUGAUGAUGAAAUUGAGAUGUCACAAAAUUCUAUGCUGGACAUAAGCAAAGAGUCGACCGUUUCUUAGUCAUUUUUUUUUUCAUAUUAUAAUUUAUUUACUAUGGAAAUACAAUACAAAAACAAUUAUUACAUUGAGCAUUUAUUGAACUUAAAUGCAACAUCUGACCAAA